CCAUUCAUUCACUCCCCACAACAUCACUAACUACACUCAAUAAAUCCCAUGGCUCUCCACCCCGCCAUAAUCGCCGCCGCACUUUACCUCCUCGCCGCCACUUCCGCCGCCGCUGCCGCCGACCGAGCCCACGGCAUCGCCAACGAGAGCCCGAUGGCCAUCUCGCCGGCGGCGUACGCCUUCUUCCACCCCAACGGCGCCAUGCAGCCAACCGCCUCCGUGAUGCCGAUGGCGGCCGCUUCCACCGUCAAGUCCACUCCGGCCCAUGAGAGCACUUCCGAAAAUGGCGCCGGCGGCGGCGGCCGGGGAAUCGGCGCCGGCGGCAUUGCCGGAAUAUGCUUCAGUAUGGUUCUGGUCUGUGCUGUCGGAGUCGGAGCAUUCUAUGUCAUUGUAAGGAAGCGUCGAGACAACUCAAGAAGUGCUGAAACGCAACAGUCACCGCCACCGGAAACGGAUAUUCCGGCGAAGCGGCCGGAAAAUUCCCGGAAAGCCGAACCGAUGCCGUUGCCGGCGCCGGCGGAAAUGAAUGUCUGAGUCACGGAGAUGUAAUCACGAUAUUGGAUUAUAUAUUUUAUUUAAAAAUUUUUUAAAUAUAUAUAAUAUACUAUAGAUAGUUAUACACUGUGUACGUAUUAUUGCAGUAUUAUGUUAUUAUUCAGAAAAUUAUUUUGUAUAGAAGUCCACUUAAGAUUUUCGUGCCUUUUAUUUGCUUGCGCUUCUUCAUUUAUACAAUUUUUGCUAUU